CAAACGAAGUGCGCGCUGCGACACCUCCCAGCUCUCCAGGCUCAGCCGCCAUUUCCUCGCCUGGCCUAACGGUCCGGCCAAUCCCAGCGCGCAUCGAGAAGGGCUAAGGCUCCGCCAAUCGGAGGCCGCCUAUUUCGUCCCCUUGCCUCGGCCCGGCCCAAUCCAGGCUCCGGCCCCGUCGCCCCCGACCCGCCCCCGCGGCGCCCUCUCUCCUCCCUCUUUGUGCGUCUCGCGCCGCCGCCGCCGCCCGCCGCGUGAGAGGACGGGCUCCGCGCGCUCCGCGGCAGCACAGUCAGGUCCCCUCCCCCAGAAGAUUCGCGAAGGAGAAACCGCCGCCGCCGCCGAAGAGGAGCCGCCGGUGCCGGUCCCUGGGGGGCGCCAUGGCGACCGGAGCGAACGCCACGCCGCUGGGUAAGCUGGGCCUCCCUGGCCCCAAAGGGGGCUUCGAGCCGGGGCCACCGCCUGCCCCCGGGCCUGGGACGGGGCUGCUGGUGUCCGGGCCGCCGCCGCCCCCGCCCGUGGGCUCGGUGGGGGCCCUGACCGCGGCCUUCCCCUUCGCGGCGCUGCCGCCGCCGCCCCCGCCGCCCCCGCCGCCGCCCCCCCCACCUCCCCAGCAGCCGCCGCCGCCCUCCCCGGGCUCCUCGUACCCGCCGCCGCAGCCGCCCCCUCCGCCGCCGCUCUACCAGCGCGUGUCGCCACCGCAGCCGCCGCCGCCACCCCAGCCGCCGCGUCAGGACCAGCAGCCGGGCCCGGCCGGUGGCGGAGGAGACUUUCCCAGUAAGAAGCGGAAGAGGAGCCGGUGGAACCAAGACACAAUGGAACAGAAGACGGUGAUUCCAGGAAUGCCUACAGUUAUCCCCCCUGGACUUACUCGGGAACAAGAAAGAGCUUAUAUAGUGCAACUGCAGAUAGAAGACCUGACUCGUAAACUGCGCACAGGAGACCUGGGCAUCCCCCCUAACCCUGAGGACAGGUCCCCUUCCCCUGAGCCCAUCUACAAUAGCGAGGGGAAGCGGCUUAACACUCGUGAGUUCCGCACCCGCAAAAAGCUUGAAGAGGAGCGGCAUAACCUCAUCACGGAAAUGGUUGCCCUCAACCCUGAUUUCAAGCCACCUGCAGAUUACAAACCUCCAGCAACACGUGUGAGUGAUAAAGUAAUGAUUCCACAAGAUGAGUAUCCAGAAAUCAACUUUGUGGGGCUGCUGAUUGGGCCCAGAGGGAACACCUUGAAGAACAUAGAGAAGGAGUGUAACGCCAAGAUCAUGAUCCGGGGGAAAGGCUCUGUGAAAGAAGGGAAAGUCGGACGCAAAGAUGGCCAGAUGCUGCCAGGAGAAGAUGAGCCGCUUCAUGCCCUGGUUACUGCCAAUACCAUGGAGAAUGUGAAGAAAGCAGUAGAACAGAUAAGAAACAUUCUGAAGCAGGGUAUUGAGACUCCUGAGGACCAGAACGAUCUACGGAAGAUGCAGCUUCGAGAGUUGGCUCGUUUGAAUGGGACCCUUCGGGAAGACGAUAACAGGAUCUUAAGACCCUGGCAGAGCUCGGAGACCCGCAGCAUUACCAAUACCACAGUGUGUACCAAGUGUGGAGGGGCUGGCCACAUUGCUUCCGAUUGCAAAUUCCAAAGGCCUGGUGACCCCCAGUCAGCUCAGGAUAAAGCACGGAUGGAUAAAGAAUACUUAUCCCUCAUGGCCGAACUGGGGGAGGCACCUGUGCCCGCAUCUGUGGGCUCCACCUCUGGGCCUGCCACCACACCCCUGGCCAGUGCGCCUCGGCCCGCUGCUCCCGCCAGCAAUCCACCUCCGCCGUCUCUCAUGUCCACUACCCAGAGCCGCCCACCCUGGAUGAAUUCUGGCCCGUCAGAGAGUCGGCCCUACCAUGGCAUGCACGGAGGUGGCCCUGGUGGGCCCGGAGGUGGCCCGCACAGCUUCCCACACCCGUUACCCAGCCUGACGGGCGGGCACGGAGGACAUCCCAUGCAACACAACCCGAAUGGACCCCCUCCUCCUUGGAUGCAGCCGCCGCCACCACCGAUGAACCAGGGCCCCCACCCACCUGGACACCAUGGCCCUCCUCCAAUGGAUCAGUACCUGGGAAGUACGCCUGUGGGCUCUGGGGUCUAUCGCCUGCAUCAAGGAAAAGGUAUGAUGCCGCCGCCACCUAUGGGCAUGAUGCCGCCGCCGCCGCCGCCUCCCAGUGGGCAGCCUCCACCCCCUCCCUCUGGUCCUCUUCCCCCAUGGCAGCAGCAGCAGCAGCAGCCUCCGCCACCCCCUCCGCCCAGCAGCAGUAUGGCUUCCAGUACCCCUUUGCCAUGGCAGCAAAAUACGACGACUACCACCACGAGCGCUGGCACAGGGUCCAUCCCGCCAUGGCAACAGCAGCAGGCGGCUGCCGCAGCUUCUCCAGGAGCCCCUCAGAUGCAAGGCAACCCCACUAUGGUGCCCCUGCCCCCAGGGGUCCAGCCGCCUCUGCCGCCCGGGGCCCCUCCCCCUCCGCCGCCUCCGCCGCCUGGUUCCGCCGGCAUGAUGAUCCCUCCCCGCGGCGGCGAUGGCCCGAGCCAUGAGAGUGAGGACUUUCCGCGCCCAUUGGUGACCCUUCCAGGCAGACAGCCUCAGCAGCGCCCCUGGUGGACAGGAUGGUUCGGCAAAGCAGCCUGAGUUAUUUUUAUGGACGGAAUCGGAACACGCUGGCUCCAUAUUGUGAAAUUUUUUAUUAAUUUUUUCUUUUUCCUUUGUUAUUUCCUUAUCUUUUCCUUUCUUCAGACUCCGUCCAAGGAGAUGCUCUCCCCGGUCUUCUGCUGCAAUUAGAUUCCUUUCCCUUUUUUAUUCCUCGUUCUCUUUCUAAGGAGAGAGGAACAAAUGGAUUUUAGGCAGAGGCUUUUGGCCGUCAGUGUCAGGCUGGUGGGGGGUUCCUUUGGUUCUAAGAUUUUCAAGGUGCCAUAGUCGCCCUGAGAUUUUUUUUUUCCUAAUUUUAAGCGUGAGGUUUUGUCUCUGCCACCUUUGUAGACUAGCGGGUUGACCCCCAGGUCCAGGGUCCAUAUCCGUCCUGGCAUCCCUGCCAGCAGUCGGGGCCACCUGCGCCGCCAUGGGCUUGUCUGCCAGCCAGCAGCGCCCUUUCCAUGCCCCUGAGCACCUGAGCUGCCUCGGAUUCCAUUUGUUCCUCUCUUGCCUGGAAGGCUUCCUUUUCAAAUUUAUUUUAGUCCCAAGUGUCAGUGUUUUGCAGUGUCUAGGGGUUUGAGCCCUUUGUUUUUCUGUUCUGCUUCCUUUUUUUCCUCCUUCCUCUUCAUGGAGUGAUUUUGUUGACAAUAAUGUAUAAUGCGCGUUCUCUUCACUGGUUUAUCUGCAGAAAUUUCUCUGGGCUUUUUUUUUUUUUUUUUUUUUUUUUUUGUGUAUGAAUCAACACUGCGUUAAAGGGGGAUGUUCCAUUGAAUAAAAAAGCAGUGUGGUUUUC